CUGAGGAAGAUGGCGCUGUGGCUGUCAGCACCUCGGACAGCUCCGGCGGCUCUGAGGCUUUGACUCUUUUCAUUUUAUUUGAUUUGAUUUGAUUUAUUAUUUUGUUCUGGUUUUGCAGAAGUGUUUGGUCUCAGUCGGAUGAUGUGACUGCAUCCAAGUGCAGCUGGAAGCUGAGCUCUAUUCCCUGCAGCCCGCACCCCCCUCAAAAAAAAAAAAAAAAAAAAAAAAAAAAGGCAUAUAAAUAAAUGAAAGAAGGUUAAAAAUCCAACUUGAGCCCGGACUCAGUCUCCUCCUCUGCAGCGACAUUCUAGAGGCAGGAGUUCAGGAGGAGAAUUAGUCAGAAUAAAUCAAAAUCUCGGCCUGCGGUGACUUCUUCUUCUUCUUCGCGGCGCAUCUGUCCUGACCGCACCGAGGCGAGGAGGAGGGAUGGAAGGAGAGUCCUCGUCGAACCAGCCGGGGUCGCUUCGGAACGGAGACAUGAAGCCUCGUUGGUGAAAUAGUGCCGCACCAGCCCGAGCUCCGCCGCUUUUUCUUUCGGUUUUGUGACACCGGCUGUGAAGAUGCUGCCGCUGCUGCUGCUGGUGAUGAUGUCUUCGGUUGUUUUCAGCCCCGGAUCUGCCCUCAGCUCCCAUUUCAGCUCAGAUGGCGCUGCGCUGAGCGAGCUGUCCUGGUCGUCCUCCCUGGCUGUGGUGGCCAUCUCCCUCUCGGGUCUGUUCACCUUCGUCUUCCUCAUGCUGGCGUGUCUCUGCUGCAAGAAGGGAAAACUGGGCUUCAAGGAAUUUAAGAAUGUGGACGGGGACGAGUACCACGCAGACAUGUCCACCUUGGCCUCGCCGGCCUCCCAGGGCAGCCCGGACGUCUACAUCCUGCCGCUCACUGAGGUUUCCCUGCCGGUGGCCAAACAGCCGUCUCGAUCUGUGCAACUCCUGAAAUCCACGGACAUCGGCCGCCACAGUCUGCUCUACCUGAAGGAGAUCGGGAAUGGCUGGUUCGGGAAGGUUCUGCUGGGGGAGGUGAACGCGGGGCUGAACACCACCCAAGUGGUGAUCAAGGAGCUGAAAGUCAGCGCCAGCGUGCAGGACCAGAUGCACUUCCUGGAGGAGGCCCAGCCCUACCGCGCCCUGCAGCAUCCUGCCCUGCUGCACUGCCUGGCCCAGUGCACCGAGGUCACCCCCUACCUGCUGGUGAUGGAGUUUUGUCCACUGGGCGAUGUGAAGGGUUACCUGAGGAGCUGCAGGAGCUCUGACACCAUGACCCCGGAGCCCUUGAUCCUUCAGCGGAUGGCGUGUGACGUAGCCUCAGGACUCCUACACCUGCACAAACACAACUUCACCCAUAGCGACCUGGCCUUGAGGAACUGCUUGCUGACUGCUGAUGUCUCGGUGAAGAUCGGAGAUUAUGGUCUGGCCCACACCAAGUACAAGGAUGAUUACUACGUGACGUCGGAUCAGAUGUACGUACCUCUGCGCUGGAUCGCCCCGGAGCUGGUGGACGAGGUUCACGGAAACCUUCUGGUGGCGGAUCAGACCCAACAGAGCAACAUCUGGUCUCUGGGUGUGACUAUCUGGGAGCUGUUUGAGUUGGGGAACCAGCCCUACAGACACUACUCUGAUGGACAAGUACUGACCUACACUGUGAGGGAGCAGCAGCUCAGACUUCCCAAACCACUUCUCAAAGUGCCGCUGGCUGAGAGAUGGUAUGAGGUGAUGCAGUUCUGCUGGUUGCAGCCUGAUCAGAGACCCAAUGCAGAGGAAGUCCACCUGCUGCUCAGCUACCUGUGCGCCAAGGGGGCCAGCGAGGCCGAGGAGGACUUUGAGAGGCGCUGGAACUCCAUGCGUCCCAACACGGGAUUCAACAGCCACUGUGGUGCGUUGGCGCUGUCACAAGACCACCCCUCGUCGACCUCCUCCUCUUUCCCUCUCCUGGAGCAGUUUUCGGCUGGUGACGGUUACCACUCGGAGUCCGGAGACGACAUCCUAACCGUCACUGAGACCAGCCACGGCCUCAACUUUGAGUACAAGUGGGAGCAAGCCAGGGCAGACCAGUCCUACAGAGCUGCAGACUCCUCCAGCACCCUGGGGCAGGUCAACCAUCAUUGUCAGGAUGUGUUUUACCCUCCUGGGGGUAUUGUUGGAGGCUGCCCCAUGGAGGGCCUCAAUCAUGGAGUUUCUCCUUCCUACUAUCAAGCUAAACAUCUACACGCUCCAGGUGUACUCCCCGUCCUCAGUGCCCACAGCCCCUCGGUGAGCAGCGAGUACUACAUCCGCAUCGAGGAACCAGCAGACUGUACCAUUGAUCCAGAUUACACCAUGUGCUCCUACAGCCCAGACUACCAGGGCAGCAGUGGCAGCUUCCUAACCGGGAGUGCAGACUCAGGUGAGUGCAUGGCCUGUCCAUCCCUGACCAAAAACAUGGGUCCCUACUGGUCCGCAGACAUCCAUAAAUCUGAUGUGUACGACUCCAACGACUCAAGUCCUGCCAUCUCUCUGACAAUGGAGCCCCUAUUAGGGCAGGUGUCUGACAGCAGCCCCCUCCAACCCUGGGAGUCGAGUCACUACGUGUCCUAUAAAGACAGAGAUGGGGGUUACUACUACGAACAGUCGCCACCUUUGGGAAUAGAUCACUAUCUGAUUGGAGGAGAGCCCAGUGAGUUUCAUCAGGAGAGCUGGGGGUCAAGAAGCCUGCGUCAGGCUUUAGGGGAGCUGGACCACCCCUUAGGUAUAUCCCCCUCUGUGAACAACCCUCCUCAGCAGGCUUACAGGGACCCAUACCUGGACACAAGUCAGGGCUCGGUCAUAGGAAAGAACGUGACUGGGGGCUACUACGACAUGAUGGGCUCCCUGAGGAAGACCAUGCCCAGCCACACAAGGCACAACAGCCACUCGGUCAGCAUCAACAUGGAGACCGAAGGAGCUCUCUUCAUCGGACACAGAGACACCGACACGGAGGACGAGGAGGAGGACAUUUUUGUUGAGAGACACACCUGCAACACCUGGCCUUCGAAACACCGCCACAGCAGCCACCACCGACGGGCGAGCCACAGCUGCAGACAGGACACGUACGCGGAUUUCCACUACACGAUGCCGAGUACAGAUAUCGAAGACUCCUGGCCUGAAGACCACAGCCGGGCCUUCCACUCUCUACCCAAACCCAUUGACUAUCUAGAGCCACACCAGGCUAAAGAUAACAGUGCCUGCCUCAGUCUGAGCAAACAUCCACCUAUAAUUCCCUCUGACAACUGCAACCCUUACAUCUACCUGUGCCACGAAGGUGAGACUCAGGUUCCAGCUUCCGGAGAGUGCUGCCACUCACAGUUUGUUGACCCACUCACUGGCUUACUGGUCAGAAACAACAACUACUGUCACAGCUAUAAUCACAGCAACUACAUCAGAGAUAAGGUCAUUGACAUCCCAAGCAACGAGGAGAUGAUCAAUCUGUCCCCGGCUCCGGGGGGUCCCGUUGUCGCCAAACCUGUUUUGAGAAAGUCGGAGGAGACUGUAGACCAGUAUGUUGAUCUCACCACUGGCGACACCCCCCUCAAAGAGAAGAAGGAGGAUGUAAUCAAGGAAAAUGUAAUCAUGCAAAACCCACCAGAGCCCAGGAUAGAAGAGGUGACCAUGACAAUGACUAAAACCACUCCGCCUCCUGCCGACAACAUGCACGUGAUGGUGGCCCUCACGGAUCCACAGUCAGAGCUGAGUCCCACCGGGGACAGUGGCGUCGACCGCGGCGGCUCCAGCGUGAGCCUGGCCGACAUCCUCGACUGCAGCGACGACGACGAGGAUGACGAUAUCACGGACGACAUCACCGACGUUACCUCGGGAAUCUUCGUGGAUGAGUCCAGCGAGCUCAAUGCUUCUCCUGCCUUUAAGUCUCUGCAGAAGCAGAUAGGAACUCCUGACUCCAUGGAUUCUAUCGAUCUGCCAUCUGCAGCCGGGUCCUGUGAAGGCUUCAGCCCCGCAUCCUCCCACCCGUCCAGCUCACCCAAAGCUAUGGACAGUGGCUAUGACACAGAGAAUAACGAGAGCCCCGAGUUUGUCCCCAAAGAGCCUCAUGAACCCCGAGAACAAGCUCAGGGAAAGACAACCCUUGAUGCAAGUCUGGAGGAGGAGGAGGAAGAGGAGGAGGAGGAGGAGGAGGAGGAGGAGGUGCAGGAUGAAGCCAAGGAUAAUGUGGGUGAAGAUGUGGCCUUAGGGUCCUCACAGACAGGUGACCCCGUUCUUUUACCGCUGAGUGAUAAAACGCCAUACAGAGAUUCUGCCUACUUUUCAGACUAUGAGAAUGAGAGACGGUCUCAGGACGAGGGAGAAGAGCUCCAGUUAGAAACGACAGACGAAGAAAAAGAAAAAGACCAGCACGGCGGAGAAAAUGAGAAUGACGAGGAGGAUGCAGUAGCAACGGACUCAGCUGAAUCCUCUUCUCCACCAGAGGCUGGGGAGUGCUGCCAGAUCUCUGAGUUUCCUCUGGAGACCUCAGACACUGCUUCAGUAACAGAGGGAGGACUGGAUGAAUGGCCGUCCCAGGAAGAGAGCUCAUCUAUGGGAGACUGGGCGGCCGAGGUGGUGGGGGCCAUGGAAGAAGCUCUUGGUGCGCUGAAUGGAGACUGUGCCUCCAAUAUAGAUGAAGAGAAAGCAGAGGACCCAAAAGACCCUGAAGAGCCAGCAGUGAAAACAAUUCAUCACAGGCCAUCGGGGAUGUCCGGUGAAACCCUGCAUGCCUUACCCAAAGAUGAGGUGGCCUUGCAGCACACGGCAAACACCAGACGCUUCUCCUCUUCCUCUCCUCCGCCUCCUUCCUCCCCUCCGCUGCCCGCGACGGAGGCCCGAGCUUCCUCAGGCGACGGGGAGGAGGCCGACGAGGAGGACGCCGACACGGACGACAGCGACGAGUCAGACGAGGAGCUGCGAUCCUACAGCGUUCAGCAGCAGAGUGGCGGUGAGGAGAGCGAAGACGAGUGUCACCCGGUGCCCGUCGUGGUGAGCGACGACUCCGAGGCCCACAAGCUCCGCAGCCUCCUGAAGAUGCCGACCCUGCUGACGGCGGAGAGUCUGGAGGAGGAGCUGGAGCGCAAGAAGAAGACGGUGUCUUUCUUUGAUGAUGUUACCGUCUAUCUGUUUGAUCAGGAGAGCCCCACUAAGGAGCUGGCUGAGCAUGGCUUCCCUUUAGGGGGAGAAGGCCAGAGUUCCCGAGGGAAGUCUCAAGAGAAGGUUAACGCUUCUGACGACUCCUCGGAUGGGAACGUCUCCGAGGAGAGUGCAGGUUAUGAGUGGGAGGACGACUUUCCUCUGCUCCCUCUGCCGACGUCCUCGGCAUCGUCCGACUCCCCUCCGCCUCCUCGCUCCGUCACCAAAGCCCCGGACCCCCGGCCGGCCGUGCAGUUCUCCCGCUUCACCGUGUCGCCCUCCACCGUGUCCAGGUUCUCCAUCACUCACAUCUCCGACUCUGACAUGGAGUCUGCAGGAGGAAGCAGCGAGGACGGGGACAAAGAAUAAGGAGCCGUGGAGACUCUCUGCCUCCACUGCCUCUUCUCCGACCACUAGCAUGACUUCUUCUGAUUUCAGUUUUAACGUCAGGUUUUAGAAACAGUGCCUCGAAUCGCCUGUGGACACUUUGGACCGGUCCGUCCUACCCCGGCUCGGUACGACUCCACCUCUGCUGUUUAGAAAAAGAGAAAAAAAAAAAAGAAGAAUGGUUAAUAUAUAACGUUUCCAGAGUAUUAAUAUAUAAACCGUAUGUAUAAUGACUUUAUGAAACCAGGGGACACUUGUCUGUUGAGUGGAUGAAAGGGACGACGUGGAGGGAAAAGCAUCUGACAUCUCUUUAAUUUAUUUAUUUAUGACGGUAGAGUUCAUAAAAGCGUGGAGCCGCCUGGACUUUUUUCAGCACUUUGACCCGGACGCUGCAGCUCCACAGACUUUGUACUUUUUAGGAAAUGGUUUCACUUGUAUCGACGAAUAUAGACAAGAACUCUCGAGGUAUCACAAGUAAUAUUUGGGUUAAUUUGGAGACGUGUGAAAGGAGGUUUGCCUUUUUCUUUUCUUUUCUUUUCUUUUCUUUUCUUUUCUUUUCUUUUCUUUUCUUUUCUUUUCUUUUCUUGUCUUUUCUUUUCGGGGUGGAAACAGCUGAUCAAACCCUCCCGACCUAAUAAUUUACUCUGAUUCUUCUUUGUUGCAUCAGGACCAGAACUGUACUGUAUCGCCCUCUCCCUCUGUCUCUACCAAACACCAGAUCCUCUCUCCUACAAACAUAAGAAGGGAUUUCAGAUUUGAAUUUUUAUUAAAAGUUUUUUAUUUUA